GUCAGAAAGGGGACGCACAGUUGCUGGGAGUGCAGACGAAGGAAGGUGAAAUGUGUGUUCGCAUCACCCAUAGACGCCAGGUGCAUCACAUGUCAACGCCGAGACUCGAUAUGCACCAGUCAAUCGACCGACUCGCCAGUCAAUACUCCUCAGAACAGGAGAUACACCCAAGUACUGCAUGACCAGAUCGUACAAGGAAUAGAUGACGGUCAGGAUGUGCGAUCGGCAACACCUACACUGGUCUUGAAUGGUAGCACGGAGANNACGGCACCGAGGCCACUGAGUCCCAUCUCAAAUGGAAUUUCACCUGCAGAGUUGCGGGCGAAUACAACAAUUACGCAAGAACUCCUUCGCUCUUUCCCUANNCCUCGAAAAGACAUUGAAAUCCUCCAAGAGAGAGUCACCAAGAUCUCUUCAACAUGCUAUCAAUUCGAUUAUAAGGCUCCUCUCUCAACGCUACACAAAACCCCUGAAGCAUACAUUGUCAAGCCAAACAUUCUGUGUCCAGAAUCUGAUCCAGUGCUAUUAGCAAAACAAAUGCUACUCUUUGCAACAGCAUUACGAUACAUAUCUCCAACAGAACAGAUACAUGGCCUUAAAAAGCAUCACCACCGGAUCAUGGAAGAGCUUGCUGGUGCAGCUAUAAAACUGGUCACUUCAAACGACUCGCUGCUGGGGUCGUUGGAGUGCUUGGAGAGCAUCAUUCACGAAGCCUUUUACCACACCGACUCCGGCGAUAUUAGAAAAGCUUGGAUAACGAUGCGUCGAGCUGUCAUGGCUGCGCAACUGCUAGGUUUGCACCGCCGUGGUCACUAUCGGUACAAGGUCAUUGACGAUCGUAAUGCUGUUGACCCCGAGGCCAUCUGGAGUAGCAUUGUGUAUAUGGAGCGUGUCGUCUCUCUACUAUCUGGACUGCCAACAAGCACAGACAACAUAGUAUUGACACGACAGGAAGCUACAGACAAUGCUAGUAACGAUUGUGGUCUGCUCACUGACCUGGGAAACGUAGCUGGCAAAAUACUCGAGCGAAAUCAGAUUGAGCUGCCACAACAAGCUCUCGAAAUCACAAAGAGUAUAGACGAUGAGUUGCUACGCAUUUCCACCAACCUCUCACCAACAUUCUGGCGACCGACAGAGUUCUCAGGACUUACGCAAGACUCAUCACAUGCCUUUGAUGAGAUCAGACGUGUUUUUGAUCACAGCUCUUACUACACCUUGGUCAUCCAGCUACACAUGCCACAUAUGCUAUGUCCAAGCCACUCCACGCAAAGGAUGUACUCUAAGAUGGCCUGUGUCAAUGCCAGUCGCGAGAUUCUGACGCGGCAGAUUGCAUUGCGCAGUUUCAAUCUCGUCACGGCUUGUUGUCGAAUGAACGACUUCAUGGCCUUGAUCGCAGGCAUGACGCUGAUGCUGGCGCAUGCUACCAGUCAUUGCGAUAAAUCAGCAGGAAACGUGCUAGCACAUCAAAGGCUAGGCGACCGGGCGAUGGUACAGCGAGCUCUAGAGUGCAUGACUUUCAUCUCAGAGCUUCAAGAGGAUCAGCUCGCAGUCAGAUGCGCUUGUUUGCUCAAAGACUUGCUAGUGAUUGAAGAAGGUGCUGCUCGGACGCAAGAUCAAGGCAAUGCAAACGACGGAGAAGAUCGCGAUUUUGUGAUCACCAGAGCCCCUUUCUUUGGUGGCAUGAGGUUGUCUAAAGGAGGAAUCGCCACUGUGAAUCCUUCGAGAUCAGAGCAGAACCAAAAUCUCUCAGAAGUCGUUAGUAUCGGUGGGAUUGGGUCAAUCCGUGUCAAUACCCCGAGCUCUAACAGCAAUACUCCCGCGAACGUCACAAGCCAGCACACAACCUUGGAGCCACUGCAGUCACAGCAGGACUUCAUCAUGCAGCCGGACCAAAUAUUCUCGGACAUUGCUUUCGACGAUUGGUCGGUAUUGGGGAUGGACACUGCAUUCUUUGAGAGUUUGAUGCAAGGUAAUAGAACCAUUGCACUUGACGCGACCAACCCCAAUUAA